AGACGGAUAAUGGACGGUCAGCUAGCAAUUCACGACUGGCUACAACUGGGUCAGUUUGCUAAGACCUAUUUUACAUAGAGAAAAAACAUCGUGUCACACUGACAGACUCAGUAAUGAUAAACAUUACCUUGAAUUUUCCGGAAGCGUAGGAAAAAUGGGACAGAAACGGGCCCUGGACCAGAAACCAAAUGCUAAAGUUUUCUGGCUAUUGACCAAAUAACCGCAUGGUUAGCUAAGUUAGCCAAGAUAGAGGCAGUAGCUAGCACUCAGUCGUCUGUCUGUCUGUGUGGACCGCUCAUCUGAAGCGAAGGUUUGUCCAUCAAAUUUAGCUGGAGCCUGCUAACAUUUCUGCUGCUACGCCCCACAUCCCUUGCGGUCCACUCUAUCGGAUAAUUCACUCGCAUGUGAUGGUUUGGCUGUGGGGGCGGAAGCUGACAGUGAUGUGAGGUCACCGGCGGUGGUUAUUUGUCUCGAGCAGCUGGACACGUAUGUCACUGACACACGCGCGCACACAGUCGGGUUAAAACACUGUAAACAUUUCAAUCCCUAGGGUUGAUCGAUAAGCAUCAGUUCUGUUAUCUGAUUAUUUUUCCCACUCAGACAGGGUAAUACCAACCAGACUCACCGAGUGGCGCUGUACAUCACUACAUGUGCGUGACCUGCAGGAGGUUAACGGCUGAACUAACGCUUUUCACCACAGGAUGUCGCUGGCGCUACAGGUGUUGUGCCGUAGAAUGCACCCCUGCCGUAGAACGCAUCCCCUGACGGGAGCGCUGUUGAAAGUACACCACAAGGCUAAAUAAUCCAAGUUUUACUUUAUCGUUGGAUGAAUUCAAAGGCGUGAUAAGACGAAAACGAUAGCCCUCUGAUUUGAAAUAUUUCCUGUCCUGAAAAUAUAAUGUUCUCUACCGUGACAGCUUACUGUACAGUUUUUAUACCCAAGCACACACCUAUAUGUGCAUUUUGAGACACGUGACAACAGAGAGAAAAUUUGCUGUUUCGUUUGACGUGUUGUCAGGAUCAAAUACUCGUGUUUUUUUUUUUUUAAUAUGAGAUCAUUUUCUUCCACUUUAAGAAGCUAACGAGUGGAUGGGAUGCAGGGGGUGCUUCUACGGCAGGGGUGCAAUUCACGGCACAACACCUAAGCGCUCGAGACUGUACUGUUAAGAGAGCGACCUAAAACAAGUAAUUUUUUUUCAGGGUAAGUCGAUCUUCAAUGAAAAUGUGGAUAUUUUUUUAAACAUCCAGGUAUAAACGUGAGAAAUUGGACAGAAUAAAUAUAGAUAUACGGUGCUCGAGUAUUUAUUUGAGUUUUGGUAAAACCGGAAAUACACUUGAGCGAGCCCUCUUGCGUCACCUGGAAACUCCUGUCAACAAACAUGGCUGCCUCCUGCUCGUUGGUGUGUUGUAGGGAGGAGGACGACUCCGAUAAAGCUGUCAUUGGUAACUCUCUUACAUUUUUAUCAUAUAAUUAUUUAUUAUAUAUUCAUAUGUGGAAACUCUCUCGUUAAAUCGUGUUUGUGCAUUUCUAUUCUAUAUUAAUCUGCCAUUUGUAUUGCACACGUGGGUGCCAUCAGUAUUAACUGAACGUAGGCAUUCUUGUUUCUCGCUAGCAAAAAGAAGUUGACCAUUAUUUUAGUCUUAAGUUUUUAAAAAUAUAUCUUAUUGUUGCAUGACAACAUGUACAUUUUUUCUACCCAGUGAUCGAAUGUAAACAGUCUUUUUUCUAUAACUUUUAAGUAAGUAUAAUUUACGAGUCUUUCUCUUUGUUUUUGUACCCCAGUCCGCUUUUCAAAUGGCUCAGUCAAAAAUGCAAGCAAGCUGGAUUUCACCAUGUACAAAAACACAGAUGAGCAAAACCCCAGGAAGAGGGGCAGACGGAUUGUGGUAAGGAGGACAAAUUCCUUCUUUUCCUAACAGCAUACAUCGUGAUAACUUACUCAUCCUGUUUUGACAUACUUGAUUAACACGAUCACCGAAAUGAUAAUUACUUUAGAUAACACUCACGAUUUAAGAGGUAUGUUUUCCUCCAUUCAGGCUGCUGAAACGGAGAGGCUUGCGUAUGUUGGGAAUAAUUUUGGAGUCGGGUCUAUGAAAUGCAACAACCUUUGCAAGUAGGUUUUCACACAUUGUGAGGUCUUGUGACCACGAUGACUAUCAGUGUGCGAGGAGAAUAAAUAUUGAAGUAUAAUAUUUGAUGUCUCUGUAGAUAUUAUGUGGGAGUGUUAAACAAGCAGACCAUGCAGAUGGAGGUGCACAGUGCUCAGCUAUUUAACAUGCAACCUGUAAUACCAGGUAAAUGUGAAACAUCAAAACUGUAUUAUAAUACUGAAUGUUGUGUUAAUUCCUUGAGUUACCUUUUUAAACUGUGUUGCUUUUAUUAAUUGGAUUGGAAAAAUUCCUUUCUUUAUAUUUGAACUGCUAAUAUUCUGAUGUUUUUCAGUAAUGACGAAUUCUAGUGAGUCACAAAUUACCACAAUGCAUAACCUGUACUGCCAAUGUUUUCUUAUCAGGAGAGGCCACUAAGUCUGCUACUGCCCAGGACACUACUCUAACCUUCAGAGACAAGGUAAAAUGAUUUGACUCUUUUGUCAGAGGAAAAGAAAAGACUUGGUUGAAGUAAUGAUCAACUUGAACUUCUGUCCUAAUCCUAUGUCACCAUUUCUCAUUAGGUUGACUCUUUAAUUGAGGCUUUCGGCACCAACAAACAGAAGAGAGCCCUGAGCUCUCGUAAGAUGAACCAAGUGGGCAGUGAAGCACUGCAUCAGGCUGUGGCCAAGGCUGCCAGCAGUGUAAUUGACGAGAAAGGACUGGAAGGUACAUAGUCACAUGGAUGUGGAAGGCAGUAUCUUUUAGAGAAUCAAAUAAAAGAACUGCGAUAGUGGUUGGUUCAAAACCGGAUAAAGGUUGAAUUGACCCUUAAUCCCGGUUACCUCUGAUUUUGUGUCUUAAUUUUCUUUUUCUUUUUCUUUUUUCAGCUCUCCAGCAAGAAGUGGAUGAAUCACAGGAAGACUUGGCCCUUCACCUGCCUCCCUGCACUGCAGACGCUGACGACCCUGAAGAUGUCUACCCGUUUGAGAGUUGUAUCCUUGCACACAUGAAAUGUGUGUGUGUCAAUGUUUCGGGGAGAUUAGAGGAGCUGCAGAUGUUACAACAGAUGGUAAAGUUGGAGUUCAAAGCUGACCGCUGUUUGUUUGAGUCACUCUCCUUAAUCAAUAUCGGCAGUGCUGAGUCCGGUUGAGUUUGAAGCUCUGGAGCAAGCUGGUUCCAAGAUGGCAGCGCUGACUUCAGAGGAGCUGCAGAAGAUGAGAGAUGAAGGAAGGUUUGUAAAAAAAGUACUCACACUUGCUAAGAUACUUCAUGAAGCUACAUUUUAAGUCCUUCCAUUGUGAUCUUUGUUUGUAUUUUGCUUAAGGUGCCAGAGUGUUGUGAGGUUUCUGGAGAACCUGCCAUCUGUGGAUGAAGCAAGAGAUAAAACAGUGCGCUGUGCCUUCUACCUCUCUCUGCUUAUCAAAAUGGGACACCAGAGAAGUGUCACCCGCAAGUGUGAGUAAGCGCUUCUCAGUGCAACAGAUUAAACCUACUCCCACAAACAGGCUAAUAGCUUCUUUUAUAUGUACAGUUGGUGAGGAGGAAGGCUGCCCUCGCAUCAUUACGAAUAAACUGUUGAGAACAUUCACUGUGGAGACGUUCAGAAAUGGCAGGUAUGUUGGUGAGGUACAUCUCAACAAUGUGAGAUAUCUUCAGCAGUAAUUUAUCUAAAAGCUUUUUUUUAACACUCACUUGUUAUCAAGUUUUCUAAAAAGCUUUGACAGCAAAUUUGUGUUCUGAUUUGAUCUUUUCCACACUUUCUCUUCUUGCAAUGGUAAGCAUACCACCUUUAUUAUAUGCUGUACCUUUUCCCUGUAGGGUCGAGAACAUGGUGUCUUCAUCAAUGCGGGUCAAAUUAGCAGCUUUCAGUCUUGCCCUGCUGCUGCAUAUGGGUCACAUGACUGCUGACCUCACAUUACUGCACCGUGACCUGGGAAUCACUGAAGCUAGGUAAGAGGGAAGGAAGGAGGCAGAGUCACAGAAGUGCAAUAUUUAUAUUGCCAGCAAGCAGCUUUCAUUCUUUGUUCUAAAUGGAGUUUGGAUUUGGUGAACCCUGACAAAGUGUGUGGAAAAUCCAUCUUUGCACCAUCUAUAUUUAGUUUUGCAUUUCGAGCAGGUCACUUUAUAGCAUCAGCAGUCGAAAAAAGUGAAAUGGUUAAAAUUAACACCUGAUACCCGUCAUUAUAGAAUAUGUUGACAAGAGUUUGAUAGAUGUGCAUGUUAAAAUAAACUGUCAACUUCAUGUGUCCAUGUUUUUGUAGGGCCUGAAGAUAGUCUUGUCCUAGAACCAACUUUUAAUGCACUCAUCCACGCUUUUAUAUCAUCCCCUCUAGAUUAUUGUUAUUCCCUAUAUAGAAAUCAAUCCACCGUCUUCAGACCGUACAAAGUGCGCAGCUUGGCUUUUAACCAGCACCAACAACUGUUCCCACAUCACCCCUGUUUUAGCAGAUUUACACUGGCCACCGGUUGUUUUCAGGACUGAUUUCAAGAGUCUUUGAACCACGAUUAAGGCUCGAGAUGAACUAUGUGCCAGGACACCGUCUGAGAUCAUCUGGCAGUGCUCUGCUGGCUGUUUGUGUUCCAAGGUCCAGAUUAAAAACUAAAGGUGAUAGGGCGUUUGCUGUCAGAGCCCCUACACUUUGGAACAGCCUGUCAGAAGAGAUCAGACUUGUAGAGUCAGUCCCUUCUUUUAUUUCUCCGCUUAAGACACAGUUUUACAGAAAAGCUUUUACCCUGUGAUUUUAUGUCACUCGGACAUAUUCGUUUAUAUAUCUAGUAUACUGCUGGGAUACUCUUAUUUGCCUUUUUUUAAAAUCUUGUUCUGUUUUUAUUGCACACUGUAAAGCACUUAACCUGUAUUGAAAAGUACUAUAUGAAUAAUGUGUAAAAAUCUAACAGUUCAAGCUGAUCCUUGUCGUUUACAAAUAAUACAACAGUCAGCGCAAAGUAGAAGAACCCUGUCAAUCUUUGGUAAUUGAUGCUUUGUGUUCUCUUACAGGAUGACUGAAUUAGCCAAAUCGAUGGGACUGACCCUGUCGAAGCCGCCUCGGGUGAAGGCGGAGGAGGUUGGGCAGAGUGAACACCACAGACAGGCCUCGCUAGUUCUACCUCUGAUAAAACAUGACAAAUUCAUGGAGAGGCGAAAACGCAAGAAAAUGCGUUGAAGAUGAAGACAAGGAUAGACCUCAGAUGGUGGAAAUGCAACAAAUAAGAAUUGUUUAUUAAAGAACUUUGUAGACAAGGUCAUGA